AGGGGGAUGAAGAAGGAUCAUCGAUGGCAGAAGACUGGUGCAGCAUAGCCUCACAAAGGGCUUGCUCUGUGCCUGCGAGAGAACAACACCACAUCUCAGCCUCCUGGUUUUAGUGGAAUUCAUCAUUCAAAAGGAGCAUCACAUCUGCCCAUCAUGGCAGCUGCAGAAGCUAUUCCUAAAAAUGUAGAAGGUCCUGUAUUAGAAACCACCCAGCAAGAUUUUUUGCAAGAAGCAAAAUCUCUUAUUGCCCAACAUUACAAGAGAGUAAAUGAGAAUAAGGCUCAAAGUACUUCUAUAGAUGUUUUUAAAAAUAAACACCAAAAACCGAAAACUGGCAAAUACAUACCUUUUGAGAUUAAGAAAAGUGAAGUCCUUGAUGUAGCUCGAGGGCAUCGGGCGGUACUCAGAAGCAUUAGCUAUGCCACGGACGCUUCCAAGUGCACACCUUUAAAGGAGCCCUCACAGGAAACUUCCUUAAAGAAGCAGCGUGUUUCGAAUAUAAAAGAGAAGUACCAGCCUGAAGAUAUUUUCCAAAAAGAAAACGUUAACCUGGGUAAAAUAAUGACCGAUAUUGAAUUUGUGGGUAAGAAAAUGGAGAAAGAAAAGCAACUCAAGAAGCCCAGAAUGUUGGAACCCUUCCAUUCCCACAUUGGACUGCCUAUACAGAGACUGAACUCUUCUUUGGGACUUAUGAAAGAGCCUGCGGACAGGACGUUUUAUGACUGGAGGAGCACUACGUCAACAAGGUCUUCCCAUUUGCCUCCUGACUCUGCUCAGAGCUUCUCUGGAGCAUCGGGAAUCUUUAAGGAUUAUUAUAUGAAACCCUAUAAGAAGAAAGAAGUACAAUCUAUCAAGCCAGAACAGAAGCCAGAAAAAGAGUCAAAGACUGUUGUAAUAUCUGAUAAAGAUGGCAGCAAAGUCAAAAGAAUUGGACCACACAUAGAAAUUUACCAAUUGUUCCAGAAAAGAAACAAAAUCAUAUUUACUAGAAAAAUUAUUAAACUGAUCACCAUUAUACAAGCAUAUAUCAGGGGAUGGCUUGAGCGCAAAAGACUUCAAAGAAUAAAGAUCAAGGCUUUGUAUCAUGGGCCAAAUUUUAAAGCAGUUGUAAACAUGUAUCAGUGCUUAAUCCACCGUGUUAGACAUCGACUUGGUCUUUGGAGGACAAGACAGAUUAUAGACUUUGGAGAGGUAGAAGAAUGGAUGGAUAGGAAAAAAUUCUAUGAAAUCAUGUUUGCCAAGAGAGAAGACUGGCAGGGAUUAGAGAGAAGUGAGCUGCUCAGGUACUUCAAUGACUGUGGCCAUUUCCCCAUGCAGAGCCAGAUCGAUGAGUACUGGGACCUGUUCCACAGACAUAGUCAAGGAAAAUAUUCUGAAGUAAUCAAAAAGUCCAGUGCAAUUGAACUGUUAUUUACACUGUAUCCUCCUAAAGGUGCCAGAGUGAACAUUAACACAAAACUCAGGUCCACAUGGCUGAGACCCAUGGUGGAUGGAGAAGAAGGCUAUAAGUACAUAGUGAGUGGACAUCCACUACUCAAGAGAGCUAACAUCCGGACUGUUGGCAAGUUGGUGGCCAGAUCCAUAAGAGAAAGGAAAAUAAGACAAUCUUAUAAAUCAUGACAACUGGAAUGAAGUUUUCAAUGCAGUACUUCUUUAAAGAGUUGAACUUAUCUCCUCAUAAAUGCAUAUUAGUAAUGACCACAGAAUGACUUGCUAUCAACAAGAUAAGAGACAAACAUCUUUGCAUAUGCAAAGAGUGAUUUUGAGAAAUUAGCUAUCAAGUUCAUCAUAUGUACCUACGUUUGGAUGAGCACUCUUUAUCUUCUUUAUUAAACAUCUACUGAUGGUGAUGAAGUGAAGCCAUUCAGUGUCACUUACGCUUUCAUUGGGCUGAAAUCUGAUUUGUUCCACUGCCAAUAGAUGUUAAAACGUUAGAAUUCUUCCUUUCAAAAUUCCAGGUUCUGGUAUUUAAAAUUUUUAUUCUUUAAAAAUUCUAUCAGUGUGAUAUUUUGCUGAAAUGAAACAUUUCGAUAGUUUCUUUGUUUUUAAGAAUGUAUCUCAUCACUUAAGUUUUUUGAAUUGUUUCUGAAAAUAUGUUAAAUCAUGUACCACAUUUCUGGGCUCUGUAUUAU